AUGGAUGGCAGCUGGGAACAAGCGACCAGACACAUACCAAUCCGCAUAUCGGAUCACAUGCCGGUUCCCCGCUACAUAAGCACAGAGCUUGACCACUUCACACGAGCUGAGACUCCACAAACAAUUGCAUAUCUCCAUGAAUCUCUUCGUUUGUACAUCUUACACGUAUACAGCAAGUAUCCAAGACUGCAGAGAUUGCAUUCAACAGGCCCAGGAGUUGAAGAACGAUGGAACUUUCAUAACUGUAAAGGUAGAGUUGGUGACAAACAGGAAUUGAUACCAAAAUAUUAUGAUUCUUGA